GGUGAAUCUGGAGAGCAAGUUCGAUUUCCCGACCCCCGAAUCGCCGACCACCACCACUUUGAACAGGGACAAAAAUAGGGAAAAAAAAUUAAGGGAGAAGGAGAAUAGAGAAAUGAGAGAGAUCUCUAUUGAGGAGAGAUCGUUGCGAUUUCUUCUAUUGCUCUGUUCGUUUUCGUCGCAAUUCAUUCCAGGCUCCUCAGACGAUCCAUCACGUCCAAGAAAUGAGAAAAAGGCUGAUGGUCACACCUCUUCAAACAAGAGUGCAGGUUAUAGAGCACUCAUGAUAUGCGCUGGACUUGUAGCGGUUGCUGGGUUAUCUUUUUUCCUUUUCAAGUUUUGGCAAAAGAAAAGGCGUGAAGAGCAAUAUGCUCGUCUGCUAAAGUUGUUUGAAGAGGACGACGAACUUGAAAUGGAGCUUGGCCUUCGGGAUUGAAUCCAUAUCCACACAUUUUUUUGUUUCAAUGAAUCAAGGUGAAAGUUGCACGACAUCUCAGGAAAUGCGCGCUUGGCUGACCACGUGCAGUUUAGGAACAUUUCCAGAGGCUUGAGGCCUUGAAAGACACUUUUAGAAUCCCAGCUAGGGGUGGACACACUCAUUGCUGGGGAUGCUGGUUGGUUUCUGGAAAGACUGGUUGCAGCAAUAUCAAAGCAGUUAACUGUAGGAGUGGACUUGGGUCGGUCCAACCGGCCCGGAACCGGACCGGUCCGCUACUGUGCGGGCCCGGACUAGCCCAGUGAACCGGUUGGUGCCCGGUUCGGGCCACCCGGUCCGGUGAGGUAGGCGUUUGUUACAACAUCAUCUGGAUCGGAGAAGAGUGAAGAAAGAAGAUUGAGCAACGAAUUGUAGGAAGAGGAGUGAAGGUUGCUGCCGGCGAACUUAGGCGGCGGCCGUGUGACCUGCUACUCCCCACUUUGUAUCCUGGUCAAACCGGGAACAUUCCAACGGGACGGAGGGAGUAACUUUCAUGACACUAUAUUGAUGGAGUAUAAACCAGUCUUUUGAAAUGACAGAGAUACCAAAUAUUAGCCCAAAAGGGCAUUUAGAAGAGCCCUAUACUGACACUUCUUUUUAAGACGAGUGUCCAUCUUCCCUUCUGCUGAAUUCCUCCCCGACUCGCUUGGUGCAGCCUGACGCCACAAACACGGCAAUUCACCGGCUUCCAGACGCCCAUGCUCAGCCUCUUCCGACAACUAACACAACCCAAAAAAGCCAUACUUAUAUUGGCGGUGUUCGAGAUCUUUGACCGUGUAUCCGGUCAACGAUACGCCACUCGAUCAAUCCUUCCCUUUCGUUGGUUCUAGAGUUGUUACUUCCUGGUAUAGCCAGGGCCGGCCCUGGGCCUGUCUGCCCAGCCCAAUCGCACAGGGCCCGGUAUUUUGGAGGGCCCAAAAAAAAUUAGUAUUACCCCAGCCCAAAACUUUUGUUUUUAGCCCAAAUCAUUUCCCCAGCCUCAAAAUCGGCCCUGAUCCCGUCUUCCCCUGCUCUCUUCCGACUCUUCCCGACUUCCCGUCUUCCUGUCUUCGCGUCUUCACGACAAAGGCCAAAGAGACACCGCCGGUCCGCCACGGCGCCGCGCCACUCGGCCCACUCCGCCAGACCGCCGUCCACAACCGCACGCCUCUGCCAAAGGGACACCGCUCGGCUGCUCUCCAGUCUCCACGAGGACCACGACUCGACUUCAACAGUUCAACCGACGACUCCGAGUCUCCCACGACACUCUGACUUCAGCCGACCGCCUCCGCCGCCCUCCGGACUCCCUCAGACGCCGUCCUUCCGGCUGCAUGGUUUUCAUUUCAACUUCUUCUUGACAUUCUUCCUUGACAAAAAAAAAUGGUGUUGCAUAAGGUAUUAGAUAACAACAAUGGAUUUAUUGGUUAUGAAGCUCCCCCAAUACCGUGAUCCACCAAAUCAACCAGGGGUCUCCGUUUUCUCAGGACCGGCCCUGGGUAUAGCAAAGCUACUUAAGCUGUAAAAUUAUGGAUAAUAUGCAAAAAGGAAAAGAUGAUGAGCAAUCGAGAACAGGGGAGAUGCAAGGGACAGGAUUGUCCAAUGGUAGUUUGGUGGGAAAGAUUCAAGAACAGUAUAACAAGAUAAAAGAGAAUGCAGAAACAUACCCUUAUGUAUGGGGUUCAUAUAUAGCUGUAUAUGGGGGCUUUGGGCUUUGGCUUGUAUAUAGAGGUAUGAAACUCCGCAGAAAAGAAGACAGGGUUCGUGCUCUUCAAGAGCAGCUCCGCAAGCUUGUUGAAUCUCAAGAGAGUGAAAGCUCAUCAGUUUCUGGAUCUAGCACGAUUCACCCCCCAAAGGAUAAAAACACUGACUAUUAGCUGGUUUGUUAUGUCCUCUUGAAGCUCAUCAUUGUUACGGAGAAGUAUUAUUUUUGAAAAUAGUCCAGUCAUAUCCCACUGCCACUAUGACAAUCUCGUUAGUGGUGACUGUUUUGCUUUCAUCUCACUUCUGGUGUGUGAUUAUGUAUUUCUUGCCAUUUAUGGUCCUCCCGAUCAGUUAUCCUGUCAAUUGUAACAUUUCUUAUUGAUUUUUCACUGGAGAAGGG